AUGGCCCUUGGUCCCUGUGGCCUCCUGCCGCUCCUGGCUGUACCUGGCUGGGGUAAGGUAGCUGUUGCUUGGGGAGCAUAUGCAUCCUACCCUGGGGUGGGGGGCCAUCCUGCCCCAGCUGGGGUGUGGCUAUGGCAGGCCAGCCUCAGCCUGCAGAAAGUGCACAUAUGCGAGUCCCUGCUUAGCCCUGACCGGCUAAGACUGGCUGCUCACUGCUUCUCCAGACCCCUGAAUUCAUCUGGCUACCAGGACCACCUGGGAGAGCUAACUAUCACUGCAUCCUCCCAUUUCUCUACUGUGAGGCAGGUUUCCCUGUACUCCAGCCUCCGAGGGCCACUGGGGUCCCAUGGGGACACUGCUCUGGUACAACUGACUGCUCCUGUGACCCUCUCCAGCUGGGUUCUGUCUGUCUGCCUCAUAGAGGCCUCAGCUGACUUCUGUCCUGGAACUCGACGCUGGGUGGCUGGCUGGGAAUUCACAUGGGAGGGAAAGCCUCAGCAGCCCCCAUACAACCUGCAGGAGACAGAAGUCUCCAUUGUGGACACGGAGACCUGAAACCAGGCCUACCCAAGCACAGACGGCAGCAUCACCCAGCCAGACAUGCUGUGUGCCCAGGGCCCUAGGGAUGCCUGCCAGGAUGACUCUGGAGGGCCUGUGGUUUGCCAGAUGGGAAGGGCCUGGUUGCAGACUGGUGUGGUCAACUGGGAUGAGGGCUGUGGUUGCCCUAUGCCUGGAGUCUACACUUGCAACCCUGCCUAUGUACACUGGAUUGGCCACCACAUCCCAGAAUCAGGAGGCUUAGGAAAUCCGGGGCUCCCCUGGCUUGCUGUCCAGGCUGGCCCUUUUCUACCCAGCCUCCUCCUGCUGUUGGGCUCCUGCAGAGAGCUUGGCUUGGCUCCCACUCUUGCCUGA